CCCUCCCCAGUCCCUGUCCAUCCCUCCUCCCCGCAGCAGCAGCAGCAGCAGCAGAUGGAGCGCCUGUAGAAGCUCCGGUGGACGUACCAUGAGGUCUCCGCGGCUCUGCGCGGCUCUCUGCCUGCUCCUCACCGUCUUCUGCCGGCUGUGCGCGGCCGCCCGACACGGUUGUCUGUUUGAGAAGAAGCUCUGUCCCAGAGGCCAGCUGUGCACCGAUGACGGUUUGUUCGGGCGGUGCCGGACUCCUCGCCAGGAGCCCGGCCCGUACCAGGUCCCCGUCCCCGUCCUGCUCAGAGCCCUGAUGGUGCGAGGUCUGACCUGGAAGGACGUCCCCGCCGCCGACCUCCAGGAGGAGCCCCUCCAGCGCCAGGCGCCGCGCCCACGCCUCAGCGAGGAGCUGAAGGUGGUGUUUCCCAGGAUGUCGGGCCCCAGUCAGCGGAGGCCCCGGGGGCCCGAGGGCCCGGCUGACCCCGGGGUGGCGCAGCAGUACGCGGACUACAUGAUGCUCGACCCCUCCCGGUCCUCCGUCCGCAUGCAGAAGCCCCCGCUGGGCCCUCCCACCUUUCCCCAGUACGGCUUCCAGGAGGAAGAGGAGCGCUCCCUCAACUCCCUGGAUGAAGAUCCAGGCCCCUCCCGCUCCGGGUCCCAGGGAAACCCUCUGGACCGAGACCGCCAGCUUCUCCAGGACCUGGUCUCUUUUUACCUCACCUCCCCUUCCUCCUCCUCCUCUUCCUCGCCUGUGCAGUCCCUCUCCCGCCACAGGGGGGGGGUAGCACCGGCCGCAAGACCGCCCUCUUCGCUGUCCUCCUCCUUCUUCCCCGAGCUGGACUUCCCGCUGGACUACGGCGAGGACUACGUUUCCCAGGAGGCUCGGCUCAGCAAGCCGCAGGAGAGCAAGGAGCAGGAAGCGGGCGGCGCUCCGUCCGGCCUGGAUGAGCGCUCCCUGCAGAGGCUCUCUCUGCUGCUCCACCACUACGGCCUGGGCCUGGAGGACCUGGAGGACCUGAAGGACCCGCAGGACCUGAAGGACUUAAAGGACCUGCGGGACCAGUCCCCCCAGCACAGCGUCGACCCGCUGGCCUCUCUGAAGCAGCUGGAGAGCUCCUACGCCCCCAAACAGGCCACAGAUAAAUAUGCCGCCACAAGAAAAAAGGUUACAGAGGGUUCAAUGGCGUUCAAGAUGGCCGCCCUUGAGGCUCCUCCUUCCAACACCGUCACCAAUCAGAGCACUGUCGGACCUUCCAUCACCUUCAGAACCGGACCCGGCUCCAAGAGCCUGACGGCCGGAGCAGAGAAGAACAUGGAGCCGGAGACCGAGACGGGCCUGACGGUGCAGCAGAGCGACGUAGGAGAGAGGCAUGAUGGGAAGUCCUUGCCCCUGGCAACGCGGAUGGAGCCCAGGCGCUCCAGCUGGGUGUUCGCCGCCCUGGUGGCCAUGGCCUGCAUGGGCAGCGUCCUGGUGGGGGCCAUGACCAUCGCCUGCCUGCGUCGCCACGCCCACCGGCUGGCAGCCAAGACGCUGGGCCUGGCACCCGAGGGGGGGGGCUUCACCCACCAGGAGUACCAGGACCUGUGUCGCCAGCGCGCGGCCUCCAAAGGGGCCUUCGGCCGGCUGGAAGCCGCCGCCCUCGGCGCCGUGGGAGGAGCGGGCGGAGGAGCAGGGGGGGUAAAAGGAGGAGGUGCUGGCGUGGCGGGCGGGGCAGCGGCGGGCGGAGGGGGCGACUCCAGAGUGAGCAGCGUGUCGUCCCAGUUCAGCGACGGCGCCCAGCCCAGCCCGAGCUCGCACAGCAGCACGCCGUCGUGGUGCGAGGAGCCGGCCCAGGCCAACAUGGACAUCUCCACGGGUCACAUGAUACUGGCCUACAUGGAGGACCACCUGAGGAACAAGGACCGCCUGAUGAAGGAGUGGGAGGCGCUCUGCUCCUACCAGGCCGAGCCCAGCGCCGUCUCGCUGGCUCAGAGCGACGCCAACGCCAAGAAGAACCGCUGCUCCGCCUCCGUGCCCUAUGACCACGCCAGGGUGAAGCUGAGGCCGGAGGUCAACCCUUCGCGCUCCGACUACGUCAACGCCAGCACCAUAAUUGAGCACGACCCCCGGAUGCCGGCCUACAUCGCCACCCAGGGCCCCCUGUCCCACACCAUCUCUGACUUCUGGCAGAUGGUUUGGGAGAACGGCUGCACGGUGAUCGUGAUGCUGACGGCGCUGGUGGAGGACGGAGAGAAGCAGUGUGACCGGUACUGGCCCGACGAGGGCUCGUCCCUCUACCACAUCUACGAGGUGAACCUGGUCUCGGAGCACAUCUGGUGCAACGACUUCCUGGUGCGGAGCUUCUACCUGAAGAACGUGAUGACCCAGGAGACCAGGACGCUGACUCAGUUCCACUUCCUGAGCUGGCCGGCUCAGGGCAUCCCGCCGUCCACGCGCCCCCUGCUGGACUUCCGCAGGAAGGUGAACAAGUGCUACAGAGGACGCUCCUGUCCCAUCAUCGUGCACUGCAGCAACGGCACAGGCCGCACGGGGACUUACAUCUUGAUUGACAUGGUCCUCAACCGAAUGGCUAAAGGUGUGAAAGAGAUCGACAUUGCUGCGACGCUGGAGCACGUCCGGGACCAGAGGCCCGGGAUGGUCCGCACCAAGGAUCAGUUUGAGUUCGCCCUGACCGCCGUCGCUGAGGAGGUCAACGCCAUCCUCAAAGCUCUGCCCCAGUGAAACCAUCAGGUCCUCUGACCUCUGACCACUGACUUCUGCCUUCUCCUCUCUCUGAUGAGGAUUUCCAUGAUAAAAAAUCUGAAAUUCCUGAAAGAUAAAGAAUAAAAAUCAACUUAUAAGUUAGUAAGGAUUUAUGCACUAAUUUGUGGUCCAGAUGUGAUGCGUUUAGGGACUUUCUGAGUCCUAAUAUAAAAGCUGACCCUGAAUGAAUGUCCUGCACCGUGUGACUGACCCUGAAUGCAUCACCUGCGCGGCAUGACUGACCCUGAAUGCAUCUCCUGCACGCCGUGACUGACCCUAAAGGUAUCUCCUGCACCGUGUAACUGACCCUGAAUGCAUCUCCUGCACCGUGUGACUGACCCUGAAUGCAUCUCCUGCACCGUGUGACUGACCCUGACUGCAUCACCUGCAUGGCGUGACUGACCCUGAAUGCAUCACCGAGCCACAGAGGGUUGAUACUGCCUGAAGCGAGCUUGCUUAAAACAUUCCUCUCGUUGGGGGAAGUGUGUGGUCACCAUGUUUGGUUCUGGUCUCGGCCUGGAGGCCCAAUGAUUUGAAAAAAAGGAUUUUAGAGGAACUGGUGUGUCGCCUCCUGCAGGAAACGGACUCCCUGGCAGCACGUUUCUCUUCACGUUGCUGCUCAGUCCGUUUCAGUCUUUGGAUGUGUUGUUGUUUACUUCACGCAAGUCACAAAAAAGAAAUAAAAAAAAUUAAAAUAAAUGCUAUUCUCUGAAAAGAAAAGCUUUUUGUUAUCUGUGAGACAUUAAUUAAAUAUGUUUGUGUUUAACUGCUGCAA